CGCGCAUCCGUCGGAUCGACCUAACAUCGAAACCCCCGUGAAACCAGCAUUGACCACGUUCCAUCAUAAUUUGACUCCGCGAUAUUCUGCUUAACAUCAUUUGUGGGCUCGUUGCGGGCUCGUUGUGGACCUUGAAGCAGGUCCUGUGAGGCUGUGAUCGUCACUUUUUCCUAACUUUCUCCCAUGUUCAAUCAGUUGCAAUCGCAGCAACAAGUAUCACAACUUGAAGUUCAAGCUCAGUCCAAUGCAAGUCAGGAAGUACUCGCUGUCGCCUGUGUCAUCGAUGCCUCCCUAGCACUCGCUACAGAAUGGACUCGUGUACUCACAGCGUACAUCCUGCCAAUUCUCAAGCGUCUGAACGAAGCAUACCACGGGCAUAAUUUCCGACUAGCUUUAGUGACGUAUGGCGCUGCGGAUACAUAUCCCAGUCCGCUGUUAUCACAACGUUUCUUUCUCUCCCCAAAUUUUGUGAUGAAGGAAUUGCGUGAGGAUCCCAGGAAAUUAGGAAUUGGUUCAGUAGUUGGUGCAAGGGGGCUAUCCGCCCUGGAGGGAAUGGUUGCUGCUAUCGAGCUCUUUGACAUCUUGCAUGACUCGCUUGCCUUGACUGGUCAGAAGGAUGGUCGAAUGCACGUUUCGCAUAUAAUACAUAUCGCUGGAAGUCCACCCGAUUCUGCGCAAAGGCCCUUACGGAAUACCCUUCCGUAUCUCGACUCAGUAUCAUGGGACACGCUACCAGUAGAACUCAAGAAGAGAAAAAUCAAUCUGAGUCUUGUCACACUACAACAAAUACAACAGUUCCAGGAUGUCCAGUCUGCCACCUCAGCACCAGCUCUACAAACAAAUCCCUGGUUCACUGUCUACCCACCACAUAUACUCAUGCUUUCCGGAUUUCCCCCACUGUCGCAUGUGCAGACCCCAAAACUCAACGUUGCAAAGCGUUCAAACGAAUCUCCUCAAACACCAGAUACAAAACGACAGAAGGGUCAGCGAGAAAAGCUCACCAGCACUUAGCCCGCGUCCUCCUGGAGGAGGUGCCGGUCCAGUAGGCCAGAGACCACCUUCUCGGCAGGUUCUCACACCUUCUGUCCCACCGUCCACCCUACCUCCACCACGUCCGCAAUUGCUCCAACCUUCUCCCAUAC